GGAGAUCCAGAGCACACAGCCGAGAUGACUUCAGAGAAGAUUGACGGUCAGACAGGAGGAGGUGAAUUUACUCACAAGGGGCAGGAUUCCCAGCCUUCUCCUUUGGCCUUAUUGGCUGCCACGUGUAGUAGGAUUGAGCCCCCCGAAAAUGGAAAUGGUGGAGGUCAGCAACAAGGUGCUACAGAACUGGAUCUGAGUACUGCUCAAAUUGCACAGACAGCGAAUGGCUGGCAAAUCAUAUCUACUGCUUCCCCUACAACCAAGGACCAAGCUGGAGGCGAUGCUUCGUCAAAAAAUCGUCAGCUAGCCCCUGGGCAGUUUGUAGUAGCAGCAGCCCCAAAUAUGCAAAACCAACAGGUUUUGGCAAGUCUUCAGGGGGCAAUGUCUAAUAUUCAGUACCAAGUUAUACCACAAUUUCAAACCAUGGAUGGGCAGCAAUUGCAAUUUACUACUGCCCCUGCUCAGGUGAACGUCCAGCAAGAUGCCUCUGGACAGCUGCAGAUUAUUCCAGCUACUAACCAACAGAUUAUUACCACUAAUCGAGCUGGUGCAGGAAACAUACUUGCCAUGCCCAAUCUUCUUCAGCAAGCUGUCCCAAUUCAAGGAAUGGGCCUAGCCAACAAUGUCCUGUCUGGACAGACCCAGUACUUGACCAAUGUCCCUGUUGCUCUUAAUGGCAACAUCACACUUCUGCCUGUGAAUGCAGCUUCUUUAACACCCACUUCUCAGUCAGUGACUCUGAACAGUGGUUCUCAGGAUAACUCUCAGCCUGUUACUUCAGGAGUUGCUAUCAGUUCCUCACAGUUGGUCACCUCUCAAGCCAACACAGCAACCUUUUUUACAAAUGCCAAUAAUCUUUCCACCAGCACCACUGCUAGCGGUGUCAAUCUGUUAAAUUGCAGCAGUGGAACUACCACAUCUGGGACCAAUGUCCAACUUCAGACUUCUCAGAGAUCUGGUCAGAUCAAUUUGGUCACUGAUGCUGUGCAACAGGCUGGUGGCAACCUUCAGCAGGGCCAGCAAAAGGAGGGUGACCAAUCCCAGCAGCAACAACAGAUUCUCAUUCAGCCUCAAAUUGUUCAGGGAGGCCAGGCUAUCCAAACAAUACAAGCUGCUCAGCUUUCCGGCCAAACGUUCAGUACGCAAGCCAUCUCCCAAGAUGCCUUACAGAAUCUCCAAAUUCAAACUGUGCCAAACACUGGCCCAAUCAUUAUCCGUACACCCACUGUAGGACCUAAUGGGCAGGUCACAUGGCAAACAAUCCAGUUGCAGAAUCUGCAGGUUCAGAAUCCUCAGGCUCAGACAAUCACCCUUGCCCCUAUGCAGGGGGUAUCUCUCGGGCAGCCAACAAGUACUGCCACCUCUAUGCCAGCUGGCACAGUAACAGUCAACGCUGCUCAGCUUUCGUCCAUGCCCGGUCUCCAGACCAUUAACCUAGGUGCCUUAGGAACCUCUGGUAUACAGGUGCACCAGCUUCAGGGAUUCCCUCUGACAAUAACUAAUGCAACAGGUGAUGCGUGUGGCCAUUUAAGUAUUCAUUCUUCUGGUACUGAUGGGCUGCAUGUUGAUAAUACAACUUUGGAGGCAGGUGAGACCAGCCCAGGUACUCCAUCCCAACCUGUUAGGCGAACGCGCAGGGAGGCCUGCACAUGUCCCUAUUGUAAAGACAGUGAGGGAAGGGGUACCUCUGAGCCAGGGAAGAAAAAACAACAUAUCUGUCACAUCCCGGGCUGUGGUAAAGUAUAUGGGAAGACCUCUCAUCUGCGGGCUCACCUGCGUUGGCACACAGGAGAGAGGCCAUUUGCCUGCACCUGGGUGUUCUGUGGUAAACGUUUUACUCGGAGUGAUGAAUUGCAGAGACACAGGCGCACCCAUACUGGUGAAAAGAAAUUUAUGUGUCCAGAGUGUCCAAAGCGAUUUAUGAGGAGUGAUCACUUAUCCAAGCACAUCAAGACACACACAAACAAGAAAGGUCAAGCUGGCCCCAUAGCAAUGACAACUGUGCCAAUGGAAACUGGGACAGGCUCAGAUGGCAGCACUGCGUCCACUCCCACUCCACAGGCCCUCAUCACCACCAACAUGGUUGCCAUGGAAGCAAUAUCACCUGAAGGCAUUGCGCGGCUUGCCAGCAGUGGCAUUAACGUCAUGCAAGUUGCAGACCUGCAGUCCAUAAAUAUCAGUGGCAAUGGCUUCUCAGAGCCAUUGUUCAGGCAGGACUGUAAAUAG